UUGGCAAUCUUCGUUCUUCAGAAAAGUUCCCACGAACCAACCCAACCCAAUCAACAAUCAACCUCAGCACAAACUGCAUGAAACGAAACCCAUCAAGUCCAAGUCCAAGUCAAAGCCAAGCAAAGUCAAAACUGGAUCCGAGAAAGCUCACAAAUCGAAAUCAGCCAAAGCAAAAACUGCUUCACAAAAACUCAAGAGUCUUUUUUUCAAGUCUACUAACUUUAAGUCUACUACUUUCUUUCAUAUAAGAUGCGCGGCUCUUCAUUUAUUGCAGUGGACUUAUCCAAUGGCGGCACAUUGGCAGCAUUGGAAUCUCUGGAGCGCAUGACCAAGCGCAUGUCCAAGAUUCGUUCCGCCUUUGUAUUUACAUCGCGUGCUGGCGUGGGCAUUCACCCCAAGAUUGGCACUGGAGGACUUCAAGCCAUCUUUUCUAUUCUGGCCAAGAUGCCCAAUCUCAAGGAAGUCAAGAUCGACCUGAAUCGUCCUCAUCACUACUGUGGCAAUGGAGACUUGACCAUCAAGGCAUUGACCAACUUGUUGGCCAACACAUCAGGAUCUCCAAGUCGAUUGCAGUCCGUGCAAUUCCAUCAGUUGGAUCUCUACUCGGAUGCAUCUGCUUCUCAUACCAGUAGUGCUUGUACGAACAAGUCAGUGUUGAGUGCCAACUGUCAGUCGGCAGCUCAAGACUGGAAGGAUUUCGCAGCGCAACUGCCCAAGCACAAGCAUUGGAGAGGAAUUGAAGUGGUCAACUGCACAGGUGCCGGGAUUGGGGCCCUCAUGACUGUACUCUCCAAGCAUUCCAAAAGCCUCAAGUCUGUCAAGGUCGUUGGGACACCCAUGCCCAAUGCCGUGCUCUCCCGGUUCACUGCGCGCCCCCAAUUGGUCUCUUUGCAACUCGAAGAUUUGCCAGACAUUACCGAUUGUCAAGUCGCACAAUUGGCCAUGAAUCUGGAACAUCCCCACUGUCUCCUCAAGGAACUUCAUGUUCGCUCGUCUCUUCUCACCGAAGCUGCGGGAGAUGCUCUCACGGACAUGUUGUGGGCCAACAAGAGUCUCAAAAAGUUGUGUCUUCAUUUGGACUGUGAAACACUGGCGUCCGGUAUUGCACAUUGUCUCAUAGUCAACACCACCUUGCAAGAAGUUGACUUGCGGUGUUAUGGCGAUGACGAAGCCGUCACACUCAGUGUCAAGCACGUGGCAGAGGCACUUCAACAGAACCAAUCCCUCCGUCGUCUACGACUUUGCCUGGAAAUUGAGUUUUGCGACUUUGAACAGGACAUCGUUGACGCAUUUGCACAUGCACUCAAAUACAACCGCACUCUCACAGAAUUGGUGUUGGAUGAUGGCAUUGCCAAGCAUCCACUUCCACAAGAUCUCAAGUUCCAGAUCCAGUUGAAUCUGACGGGAUACUCACAGUUGAUUGCAUCCAAUAACCAAGCUACAUCGACAAACCAAUGGAUUGAUGCAUUGGCUACACCAGACAAUGAUCUCAACACACUGUACACGAUUCUCCGCAACUCUCCCACUCUGUUUGCACCUCCCGUUCCCGAGGACCUUGCCUCUUCUCCCAGUACAACAACCAAAACGGUACUCGUGGAUACCUCCUCCAUGAUGAGUGACGACAUGUCGUCGUCCUCCUCUUCUUCCAAACUACGAUUCCGUCUUCCCUUUCGCUCUCGAUCCAAUGACAGCAUGCCUGCCUUGAAAGAAUUGGCCUCUUCCAAUAGCAGCAGCAGCAACAGCAGCAAGAAAUCUUCUACCGGUAGUGGCAGCAGUGGCAAGUCGUUGCGACGCAAAAUGAUGAAGAUCCUCACUCCGGCGGCUUAAAUGACUUGAAGCAAAAUGCCAGCCAACGAUCGAGUCAACUGUGUGGCUCUUUGUGUCUUUUGUCUAUUUCCAUUUUGCUUGCUCCUAUAGAUGUAUACCGCUUUUUAAUUUUUGAAAACCGAUUCAUCUUU